GAGAAGCAAGAUCAAAUCAUAUCACAUUCAUGACAAGUACUCAUGGAAGAAGAAGAAAGAUGGGACUGUGUUUGGUAAGAGCAAGUGCCGACGCCGGAGAAGAAGAAUCCGACGAUCAAAGCAAGCCUGAGAGAAGAAGUUUCUUGAGCUUAGCAGAAGCCGGUCUUGUUGAAAUCUCGGGCCUUGGUGCACACGAAAAGUUUCUCUGUCGACUAACGAUAUCGUCGUUAAAUUUGCUAAGAGUGAUAUCAGAGCAAGAAGGAUGUUCAAUAGAAGAGUUGAAUGCUGGCAAAAUAUGUGACUGAUGACUAUGACGGAGGAGAAACCAACUUCCGACGGCAAAGGAGGUUGGGGUUUCUUCAAGAUUCCAUUUCGUAACUCAAGCGGUCAUGGAAACGCCGCUUCAAGUGCUGCUACUUCUCCGUUUCCAUCUGGAGCUUCGUCUUCUUCUACUUCUUCUCAUCUCCAUAACCAUCAUCAACAUCAACAUCAUCAUCAUCACCAUCAUCAACAUCAUCAUCAGCUUGGUUAUAACGGUCCUCAUGGUGAUGGAUCGGGUCAAAAUCAACACCCGACUCCUUCUCCUUCUGUUUCAUCUGUUGCUAAGUCGUUUCUUCCUACUAAACGAAGAUUGAAGCUUGAUCCUUCUGAGAAACUCUAUUUUCCUUAUGAGCCUGGGAAGCAAGUUAGGAGUGCUAUUAAGAUUAAAAAUACCAGCAAAUCACAUGUAGCCUUCAAGUUUCAAACAACAGCGCCGAAGAGUUGCUUCAUGCGUCCACCUGGUGCGAUUCUUGCUCCUGGAGAGACUAUUAUUGCUACUGUGUUUAAAUUUGUUGAGCCUCCUGAGAAUAAUGAGAAGCCAAUGGAUCAAAGGAGCAGGGUUAAGUUUAAAAUCAUGAGCCUGAAGGUGAAAGGUCCAAUGGACUAUGUGCCUGAACUGUUCGAUGAGCAAAAGGAUGAUGUCUCUAAGGAGCAAAUAUUGCGUGUGAUUUUCCUGGAUCCCGAGCGCCCCAACCCUGCGCUGGACAAACUGAAGCGCCAGUUAGCAGAAGCGGAUGCAGCGGUGGAGGCACGAAAGAAACCGCCAGAGGAAACAGGUCCAAAGAUGAUUGGAGAAGGGCUUGUGAUCGAUGAAUGGAAGGAGCGUCGAGAGAGAUAUCUUGCACAACAACAAGGCGAAGGAGCUGACUCUCCCUUCCUAUUCAUUUCUACUCUGCUCCGUCAUUUCUCCGUCGUCCUCAGCUCGUCGCCGGCGUUUACCAGCCGCCGCAACGCUAGAUCCGUCGCCUCUCAGGUCGACGAUUUGUAUGGAAUGCUCACUUCUUGUGUUCUUAUUGAUCUCGAUGGUACCUUAAUCAACACAGAUGGUGUUGUUGGUGACAUUUUGAGGAAAUAUUUGUGUAAAUAUGGUAAACAGUGGGAUGGAAGAGAAUCAUUGAAGAUAGUUGGGCAAACUCCAUUAGAAGCUGCUACUACUAUUGUUGAAGAUUAUGGACUUCCUUGUAAAGUUGAUGAAUUCAAUUCAGAAUUCUACCCUUUGUUCUCUGCUCAGAUGGACAAAAUCAAAUCCCUUCCUGGUGCUAAUCGGUUAAUUCGACAUUUGAAGUGUCAUGGAGUACCUGUGGCCUUGGCUUCCAAUUCUUCAAGAGCAAAUAUUGAAUCCAAAAUUUCAUAUCAUGAAGGGUGGAAGGAAUGCUUCUCGGUUAUUGUUGGUAGUGAUGAAGUCUCUAAAGGAAAGCCUUCUCCUGAUAUUUUUCUUGAAGCAGCGAAGAGAUUGAAUAAAGAUCCAGAGGACUGUUUGGUUAUUGAAGAUUCUGUGCCUGGUGUUAUGGCUGGUAAAGCUGCUGGGACAAAAGUGAUUGCUGUUCCUUCUCUGCCCAAGCAAACACAUCUUUAUACAUCUGCAGAUGAAGUCAUCAAUUCUCUACUCGACAUAAGACCUGAAAAAUGGGGACUUCCUCCAUUCCAAGACUGGAUUGAGAACACGUUACCAAUUGAUCCAUGGCAUAUUGGAGGUCCAGUCAUCAAAGGAUUUGGCCGUGGCUCUAAAGUACUCGGAAUCCCCACAGCUAACUUGUCAACAAAGGAUUAUGCGGAUGAGCUAGUCGAACAUCCUUCGGGAGUGUACUUUGGUUGGGCAGGCUUGGCAACGAGAGGUGUCUUUAAAAUGGUCAUGAGCAUUGGUUGGAAUCCUUAUUUCAACAACAAGGAGAAAACUAUUGAACCAUGGCUGCUUCACGAUUUCGCUGAGGAUUUCUAUGGAGAAGAGCUACGUCUUAUAAUUGUUGGCUAUAUACGCCCUGAGGCUAAUUUCUCGUCACUGGAGAGUCUCAUCGCAAAGAUUCACGAGGACAGGGAAGUUGCAGAGAAAGCUCUUGAUCUUCCAACUUAUGUUAAGUUUAAGGAUGAUCCUUAUCUGACUAAAUGAUAAAAUCAUUUAUGUAAAAAGAAUCGAAAGUCUUGUUUUCUCACAUUCUUGAUUGUGAAAUAAGCAAAAAAUUCAAAC